AUGUCUAUAUUUUAUAAAAAAAUCAAAACUUCUAAUAUUUAUGAAGAAGAAACUUGUUUAAGUUCAAGUUCUUUUAAGAGCUUAUUAGAACAAACUAAAGUUCAAGUUUUAAAUAAUCAAGAAUUAAAAAUUUUAGUAACACAAGAAGCACAAAAAACAUAUGUAGUAACAGACUUAAAAGCUAGUAAAAUAUUAAAUAAAAAAAAUAUUGAUCUUAAAAAAAAAGAUGAUACAUUGUUUACAUUUGCUGGCAACACAUAUACAGAUGUAACAAAACAAACUAGACACAUGUCUUAUAAUAGCAACUCAGUUAUGUCUUAA